GUGGUAAAGAUACCCAUCCUCAUGUAUGUAUGCCAUAAAAGAUCCAACGUACAACCUGCCACUUUUGUUAACGAUUCGCGUUUUAUUCCCCUCACCAUGGUCAAAUUCCUGGACGACAUGGAAAGAGAGAAGCCCAUUCGAUUCACCUCUCAACAGCUAAGAAUAGCAACAGAAAACUUUAGCAUCGUGUUGGGUUCAGGCGGCUUCGGGACAGUUUACAAGGGAAUAUUUAGCAACGGAGUGGUUGUAGCUGUUAAAGUACUAAAUGGGACAUCGGACAAAAGAAUUGAGGAACAAUUCAUGGCGGAAGUGAGCACUAUGGGACGAACCCAUCACUUUAACCUUGUUAGACUUUAUGGGUUUUGCUUUGAAUCAAGUUUAAGAGCUCUUGUAUACGAGUUUAUGGUUAACGGCUCAUUGGACAACCACUUGUUUAAAGCAAAAAAAGGGGCUAUGAUAACGUUUGAGAAGCUUCACGAGAUCGCAUUGGGAACCGCAAGAGGCAUUGCAUACUUGCAUGAAGAAUGUGCUCAAAGAAUAGUUCACUAUGAUAUCAAACCAGGAAACAUAUUGUUGGAUUCAAAAUUUUGUGCAAAAGUAGCUGAUUUCGGUUUAGCAAAACUUUGCAACAGGGAUAACACUCAUAUAACCAUGACAAGAGGACGGGGCACCCCUGGCUAUGUUGCUCCCGAGCUCUGGAUGCCUCUCCCAGUUACACACAAAUGUGACGUUUAUAGUUUCGGGAUGUUACUUUUUGAGAUCAUUGGAAGAAGGAGAAACAUGGACGUGACUCUUGGUGAUAGUCAACAAUGGUUCCCGGUAUGGGUGUGGGACAAAUAUGAAAAAAAACAAGUGAACGAUUUGAUGGUGGUUUGUGCGAUUGAAGAGAAGGAUGAAGAAGUUGUGGAGAGGAUGCUAAAGGUGGCUCUUUGUUGUGUUCAGUAUAGACCAGACACUAGACCGGUGAUGAGCAUUGUUGUGAAAAUGUUGGAAGGUGCAUUAGAGGUGCCUGAGCCUUUAAAUCCUUUUUCAUAUAUGUUUGUAGGGAUUGAACACAACGAUUCUUUGGCUCGAAUGGCAUGGAAUGUUGGUGGUUCUGAUCAGUCAUCAUCUCAAGUGGUCACCAAAUCUGAUGUGGUUAUGGGGACGCCUGUCAUGAGGAGAUAUGAGAUCACCAUGGCCUCAGGUUAAUCAUAUGGGGGUGCCUCUCAUGGCUAAGUUUAACUGUAUUUAGGUCUCUUAAGGUGAGUAUUUACUUCAAUAAAGUUAGAAGGCAAAAUUAUCUACUACUAGUCCAUUAGUUAUUGAUUCAUUUGGAUAUAAUCAACAAGUUUAAGAUUGUGUAGAUGUGAGUAACCGGGUAAAAUGGGUGGUCGGUUUAGGUCAGCCAAUGCUCAAACAACGUUCAAUGUCGAAGCUGUUCUCAAAAGGUAUCAUUUUGGAUUGUCUCGUUCUGACCAAAAUGGAUCCAUAAUAAAACGGGCCAUUUAAAAAGUAUGCACAGUUUUGGCGUCGCUUUCGGAAGAAGUUGUCGAGGCUAUUGUUUUCACGGCUUGUGGAUCAUUUGGAGAUUUCGAAACAAAAAACUACGUGAUCGACAGAAAAGGAGUACAAAGAAAGUCUUUUUGAUUCGGUUGUUUCGAUUUCUUUUCUUUGGUUUUUUUCUGAGAAUUCUAAUUAAGUGCAGUUUUGAUUGGGUAGAGUGGCUUA